GCAAAUCUCAUCCUUUCUCUCUCUACUUUCUCUCUCCUCCUUCUCUCUCUCUCUCUAUUUCCAGAUCGAAACAUCUCUCUCUUCACAAAUGCCUUUGUCACGGUCCCUUCUUUCGCGGAGGAUCUCAAACUCGUUUAGGUUUCAUCAUCAGGGAGAGACGACGGCACCGGAAUCCGAUUCUUACGAAUCGAUUCCUCCGCCGUCGAAUAUGGCCGGUUCGUCAUGGUCGGCGAUGCUCCCUGAGUUAUUAGGCGAGAUCAUUCGUCGCGUGGAGGAGACUGAAGACAGUUGGCCUCAACGUCGUGAUGUAGUCACUUGCGCUUGCGUCUCGAAGAAAUGGAGAGAAAUUACUCAGGAUUUUGCUAGAUCCUCCUCUCUUAACUCUGGCAAAAUUACUUUCCCUUCUUGCCUCAAAUUGCCAGGUCCUAGAGACUUUUCUAAUCAGUGCUUGAUAAAGAGGAACAAGAAGACAUCAACCUUUUACUUGUAUCUUGCUCUAACACCAUCAUUCACUGAUAAGGGAAAGUUUCUUCUGGCGGCACGGAGAUUCAGGACCGGUGCUUACACUGAGUACAUCAUAUCACUUGAUGCUGAUGAUUUCUCUCAAGGAAGCAAUGCCUACGUUGGAAAAUUAAGAUCAGAUUUUCUUGGGACGAACUUUACGGUAUAUGAUAGCCAACCGCCACAUAACGGAGCAAAACCUUCAAAUGGCAAAGCCAGUCGCAGAUUUGCGUCAAAGCAGAUAAGCCCUCAAGUUCCAGCAGGCAACUUUGAAGUCGGUCAUGUUUCUUAUAAAUUCAACCUUUUGAAAUCAAGAGGUCCAAGAAGAAUGGUAAGCACACUCCGAUGCCCAUCCUCAUCACCAUCAUCAUCAUCCGCUGGACUCUCGUCCGACCAAAAGCCAUGGGAUGUAACCAAGAUAAUGAAAAAACCCAACAAGGAUGGUUCCAGCUUCACAAUACUAAAGAACAAAGCUCCUAGAUGGCAUGAGCACUUACAGUGCUGGUGUCUGAACUUCCAUGGACGAGUAACCGUUGCUUCGGUCAAGAACUUCCAGCUGGUUGCGACUGUUGACCAAAGUCAACCGAGCGGUAAAGGCAAUGAAGAAACAGUUCUUCUACAGUUUGGUAAAGUGGGAGAUGACACUUUCACUAUGGAUUAUAGACAGCCACUCUCUGCAUUUCAGGCUUUUGCUAUCUGUCUCACAAGUUUCGGCACUAAACUUGCAUGCGAGUGAAACCCACCAAAAGUGAACCAAAAAAAAAAGUGAACGGCUAUGCAAAAUGUAAUGUUUUGGUGUAAUCAUGUGUAAGUGUAAACACAAAGGUAUGUGGAAGGAGAAGCUCAUAAUUAUUAUUAUUAUGUAAGAAACAAAUUGUAAUUUGAAAACCCAUAAUCAAAAUGUAUCUCUUAAAUAAUCA